GUGUGUCAUUGCAUCAAUACGGCGUUUUCGUGUGGUGUCGUCGAUAACACGCAGAAGUACCCCGACGAGCCGUUCAAGGUUAUGACGGCAGAUGGCUACGUCGUCUUCUUGCCCGCCCGUCAUAUUCAGGAACUUUGUAUGCACCCCAGAACCGAGGUUUCCUUUGGCCACAUGGUUUUGCAGUACUUCUCGUCAUGGGCCACGGGCUUUGGUGUGAAUAACGAUACUUUUCUCCGAGGCACCAAGCUGGGGCUCCUAUCAACCGGUUCCCGCUUUAUUGUGCCCAUGAUAGAUGAGACGACAGCGGCCUGCUCUCGAAUAUUUGAUGGUCGCGAUCGAGCGUACAGUAGUCCCAAUGAAAAGGAAUGGACAUCCGUCAAUGUCAGCUACGCCGCCGGGCAGCUCACAGCACAAAUCAUGGCUCGUGCAUUUGUGGGCAAGUCUCUUUCUCGAGACCAAUACUGGGUCGAUGGUCAAGUAUCCUACUUGGCCUACGUAUGGGCGGCGGCUCGGGGUAUCCAGAAAUGGCCGAAGUGGGUGCAGCCGCUGGUAUACCGCUUUGUCAAGGGCUACAGAGACUUACGAAACGAGGAGAGACGGCUUGCAGACCUCCUGAGGACCGAGUUUGACGUGGCUAGAUUAGGAGACGACCUCAGUGAAGCGUGCAAGAUCCGGGAGCGGACCAUGAUCGACGACUUUCUGGCCGUAACAGACCCAGGCAAACAAGACGAUAUCGUGUUUCACAUGACACUACAGUACCAGCUUAUUUUUACCGCCAUACAUCCAACUUCAGAAACUGUCCUUUACGACAUUGCACUCUACCCCGAGUACCAGGAAAUUCUAAGAAACGAACUAAAGGAGGUCGAUCGAACAGAUGAAAGAAGUUGGCUCUCCCAGGUUCCGAAGAUGGACAGUUUUAUGAAGGAGUCCCAGAGGCUCCACGCCGCUUCCCUCGUAACUUUGACCAGAAAGGUUCUGAAACCGAUGACUACUUCAUCGGGGCUUCACUUCCCAGCCGGGUCUCAAAUCUCAUAUAUGACGGACGCCGUGAAUCUCGACCCUAAGAGGUGGUCGGAUCCUGAGAAGUUCGAUGGUCUAAGAUUUUACAACAUGAAAAUGGAUGUUGAAACCGAAUCUCAGCAGGUAACGCUGAGCUACUCGUACUCAGGGUUGUCUUGGCGGAAACAAAUGGCUAACAGCGCUUUUUCUCAUAAUAGCCCGGGACAGUUGAACUUUGGCUACGGCGUGCAGGCAUGUUGCGGACGUCACUAUGCAGGAUGGCUCAUUAAGAUGAUCCUUGCUGAGCUGGUUACUAUGUUCGAUCUGAAAUUGGCGGAGGGUCCUGGGGAGGAGGAAGGCAUGAGAUGUUUUACCAUCAGAAGCCAGAGGAUUGGUAAUCCAAAGGCCGAGAUACUAGCACGCAGACGACACAAAGAUGUGGAUAGGCAAGGAUAG